GAUGGGGGCCGGGGUGGCGGGAUGGCUCUGUGGUACCGGGGUGCGGCUUCCUCCAACAAAGCUCGGGUGUGCCGGGCCAUCUCCUGCGAGUCGGUGCCGUCGGGCUCCCGGCGCGUCCCCGCGCUGUCCCCCCGCGGGCGGCCGGGGAGGGGCAUCGGCGGGGGCAGCCCCCGAGCAUUGAUAACCCCGUGUCGGGCCCGCCGCGGGCAGCCGGGGAGCGCGCCUGUCCCCGCACCGCCACGCACCGCACAGCGCACCGUGAGUGCCUCGGGACAGGGCGGAAAACACCGGGGGCGCGGAGGAUGCGGCGGGAGCGCGGCGGCCGCGCCGGGACGCCCCGUCGCUGAGGCGCGCCGAGGAUGAGGCUGCCGCUGGCGCUGCUGGCCCUGGCCGCCCUGGGGGCCGCCGGCGGCGGCGCGGACCGGGAGGAGGCGCGGGCGGGGCGGUUCUCCACGCCGGAGCAGCACCGCUGCCGCUGGGAGCUGCGCUCGGCGGCGGGGGCCAGCGAGCUGCGGCUGAGCUGCCGGGCUGCGGGCGGCGGGGCUGCGCGGAGCUGCGCCUACCGCGGGGAGCCCCGGCGCUGCCCGGCCUUCGGCGCCCGCAGCCGCCAGUACUGGCGGCAGAUCCUGUCCCGGCUGCGGCGGCGGCACCACCCGUGCGCCCCGGGAGCGCCGCUCAGCGCCCGCCUCUGCGGCCCCGGCCGCGCCCCGCCCGAGGCGCAGCUGCGCCUGCUGCCCCACCCCGGCCCGGCCACGCCGGCCCCCGGCCCGGAGCCCACCGAGGACCCGGCGCAGACCUACUGCGCCGAGCGCUGGCACUCGCUCUGCAGCUUCUUCGUCGGCUUCUGGGAGGGCUGA